AUGCAAAAGGCGAUCCCAAAAUACCACCCCGUCGCUACAUCUGCAGCGGCUGAGACAGUUAAAAGACAUAAAAAGCCAGCUAAUGCCGUGUUUUGGGCAGGAUGGUUUUGUCCAUUCACACAACGUUCUUGGGUUGUACUAGAAGAGCUUGGCAUCACUUAUCAGUAUAAGGAAGUCAAUCCUUAUCUUAAAGAGGCAUCGUUUCUAGAAAUCUCACCAAAGGGAUUAACCCCCGGACUUCAGGUAAAUGGCAAGCCGCUUCAUGAUUCUAUUAUCAUCAACGAGUUCUUGAAUGAAGAAUACGGGUCCAGCAAAUUGAUGCCGGAAAGGCCCUACCAAAGAGCCAUUGCUAGGCUUUGGAUUGAGUACAUUAAUAAAGAGGUUGUUCCGGCAUUCUUUCGACUAUUACAAGCGCAGCCAAGCGAGCCUGAAAAGCAAGCAUCUGCUCUGACAGACUUCAAAAACUUACUCUCAACGGUCUCCAAAGAAUUUAAAGAUCCAUAUUUCUUUGGAGAGCAGUUCAGUCUCGUAGACACAGCUAUCGCUCCCUGGGCUGUGAGGGACUUUAUCGUUCGAGAGUUUCGAGGAUUUGUUCGUGACGAGAUUCAGGGGUGGAGUGCUUGGGAGUCUUCGUUGGAGGCGCGAGAAAGUGUUGUGCGAACUACAAGUUCACUAGCUUUCACAAGGAUAAGCAUGUCGUCUCAGGAAGGAAGACCGCCUUACCCACCGUUCACGGCUGAAACAGCGCAGAAGAAGGUCAAGGCAGCCCAAGAUGCAUGGAAUACCAGAAAUCCCGAUGGCGUAAAAAUGGCUUACACGCCGGACUCAAUCUGGCGCAACCGUGACCAGUUCCUGCAGGGUAGAGACGCCAUCAAGGAGUUUUUGACCAAGAAGUGGAAGAGAGAAAACGGUUACCGACUACGGAAGGAACUUUUUGCUUUUACGGAGAACAAGAUUGCUGUGCAAUUUUGGUAUGAGUGGUGCGACGAGGCGGGCCAGUGGUGGCGGACGUAUGGUCUUGAAGACUGGACGUUUGCGGAGAACGGAUUGAUGAGAAAACGACAGAUGAGCGGUAAUGAUGUUAAGAUUUCUGAUGAUGAGCGGUGGUUUAAAGACGGCGUCGAUGUAAAUGAGGUGGACAUCUCUGAGAAACAUUGGUAG